AUGAGUUAUUUUCCCAAGAGGAGUUUGGAUCUAAUUGGUGGCAUUCCUAUAAAUCUACAGGAUAGUGAGGACCGUAGGGUUUGGCACUACGAAGGAAAUGGGAAAUUCAUUGUCCGGAGUGCAUAUCAUGUUGUACGGGGGAUAAAUGUAGCAAAUGGUGAAGGGGUAACUGGCUCAUCAUCUUCUUCUAGUAUUGUUGGCGAGCAGUUUUGGAAAAAGCUGUGGAGUGCUUGUGUUCCGAGGAAGCUUAAUGGGCCUGCUUCGGGGUUUGAUUUAGACUUAAUGUUGAGUUGGGCUCUGUGGAAGCAUAGAAAUGAGAAUCUUUGGACUAGCAAAGCACUACAACUACUUGACAUUGUACUUCAGACAGAGGGCUGGAUGCAAGAAUUCCACAAGUGGCAUAAGCCAGCGACAAAGAAGAAAAACCGGGAGGUUCAGAGAUGGGGAAAACCUGCGGAGGGGUGGAUUAAAUGCAACUUUGAUGGAGCUUGGAAUAAGGGAAAUAACCGAGGAGGUUUUGGGGUGGUGAUUCGAAAUCAUUUGGGGAAGUGUCUUGCUGCUGCUGCUGCUGGUCUCGUUGAGAGGAUUUUUUCAGCGGUGCAUGUUGAGCUCUUUGCAGCUUGGAGAGCUGCAAUUUUGGUCUGCUCUAUUGGUACGGUGGAGAGGAAAGUUCAGUUUGAAGGUGACUCGGCGGUGGUGUUGGCUGCCAUGCGGGGGAGUAAAGACGACCACUCAACCCUUGGUCUUAUAAUUAAUGAUCUUCGGUGUCUUCGCAUGGAGUGGGUGGAGUCAAUGGUUAGUCAUAUUCAACGGGAAGGGAACUCGGCAGCCCAUCGACUUGCUCGGAUGAGAAUUAAUAGUGUUUAG